GAACUUUGUUCUCCUUUAUCUUUCAGAUUCUUUAGUUUUCGCUAUGAAUGAUGACUGAACUAGUAAAAAUGACCGAUGUAGAUUAUUGCACUAAGUUUUCGGGGGAAAAUACAUGUUUAAAUACCCUUUAAUCCUAAGGAUUUUAAUCUUACAUUCCAUUUUUCAAUACAUCUAAAAAAAUCCAAGGGAAAUGACAUAUUUGGAUGUCCGCCAUAACCGAGACUCAUGGAUUGCAAUUCAAAGAUAGAGCAAUCAUUUGGAUUAGAAACAGGCGGGCCAAUGCGUCCUUUUAUGCAGAGGAUUUAUCUUGGGUAUUCAACUAUUUUUUUGGGCAGAAAUUAAUGCUCUCUAUAGCAGUGUAUAGUAGAAGUAAUACUGCAUCCAAAUGAACAUUUUGGAUUGUAAUCCUAAGUACUUUCACCCAAAGGAACAUAGGUGCAACCCAAGUAUUCUCAUCUAGAACGAUAUCCAAAUUUUGAUUUACAUCCCAAAUAAAAAGUAGUAGGAAGGUAAGGAUGAUGGAGAAGAUUCGCUCCGUUCAAGAAGAUGGUCUUCUGCUGAAACUAGACCUCCUUUGGAGGAGACGGUAAUUUAUAGGUCCCUCCUUCGGCGAAUUUAAAUUAUCUUCCCACCACAUGAUCUAAAUUAGUUCUUAGUGAAGGUAAUUCAUGCUAAAUGACUCGUCUUCCCAGUGAAGCACUCAGGAUGCGAGGUUUAAAAAAUCUUCGGAAAUUAAAGAUAUUGGUAUGCUGAUAAAAUGCUUCUCUGGGUGUAUUUAUGCUUUUGUAACCAUGUUUCACGCCUCUGCUGUAUUUAUUUUCAUGUUUACUUAAUAAAAUAAUUACCAUUUUUCUUAUUUACUGCUUUACUAUAACAAAAUCCGGGUGUAAAAAGGAAGAUAUAUCUAUCUGCCGAAAUAUAUCUUAUAUUAAUUUGUUUACAGUCUGUAAUCUGCAUAAGUAGGAGCUUCAAUUUAUGUCUUCUAGCAGCUUACAAUUGGCAUAUGAUAACUCUUAUUUUUGAAAGAUAAAAGAUAAAGUUUUGUCAUGUGGUUGUGUUGUUUUCUUAUGACAUCCAGAAUAUGAGGUUAGGAUACUUCCACCUUCCACACAAGUAAACAGUGCCAGAACAGAAACAGAAGCAACUAAGCAAGUGAGAGAGGAUAGAUGAACAUGUAUAUAUAUUUUCUGAAGCAGUGGACUCUGUAUUUGGAUCUCCUUCUGAAUGGAUUGCUUUCUUCUGAGCUCCAACUUGUUGCCUCAUGCAAUUAUCAGCUCAAGAUGUAUCAGUUGCAGGCAAUCCUUUGUUUAUUUGCGCGGGUCUGGACUAAACAAUAAGAGAUGGUUAAGAUUUGGAACUUAUGCAAUUAGUCAAGGUGGAAUUGGGGGUGCAGAAUAUCUGGAUGGUUCUUCAAAAGAAGGAGAUAAUGGAUCUCUUUUCGGUGGUUUGGAUGGAUCAGAUGUGCCAUUUAGAACUCUAAGUGCUGAAAUAACUCAAGAAACAGUGGAUUUCUUUGUUAGUGAUGCAGAUGGAGACCCAGAUUGCCCUUCUGAAGGCUACUCCUCAGUUGACCAGGCCAUCAACACUUUACGCCAGGGGAAGUUUGUGAUUGUUGUAGAUGAUGAAAACGGCAAUCAUGAAGGAGACCUUAUCAUGGCAGCAACCCUUGUAACCCCUCAGGCCAUAGCUUUCAUGAUUAGGCAUGGUUCUGGAAUUGUAUCUGUAGGGAUGAAGGAAGAGGAUCUGGAGAGGCUCAAGAUUCCCAUGAUGUCCCCCAUUACGGAAAUUGAUGAUCUUCCUACCGGAGCUUCAACAGUGACAGUGGAUGCUAGAGUGGGUACAUCUACUGGAGUCUCAGCUGCAGACAGGGCAAAAACAAUCCUUGCUCUUUCUUCUCCAGAUUCUAAGCCAGGCGAUUUUAGAAGACCAGGUCAUGUUUUUCCUCUCAAGUAUAGGAAUGGGGGCGUAUUGGAGAGAGCUGGUCAUACUGAGGCAUCAGUGGAUUUAGUUGCCCUUGCUGGGUUGUGGCCUAUUGCCGUGCUUUCAACAGUGGUCGACACUGAGGAUGGCUCAAUGGCAAGUUUGUCUAUUUUGAAGAAAAUGGCAGAAGACUAUGAUUUACCUAUCGUCUCAAUAACUGAUUUGAUCAGGUACAGAAGGAAACGUGAAAAACUGGUCGAAAAGAUUGCUGUCUCCCGUUUGCCUACUAAAUGGGGUCUUUUUCAGGCUUAUUGUUAUCGUUCAAACUUAGAUGGCACCGAGCAUAUUGCUGUUGUAAAGGGAGAUAUUGGAGAUGGCCAGGAUGUUCUAGUGAGAGUGCACUCAGAAUGUCUGACCGGUGACAUUCUCGGAUCUGCUCGCUGUGACUGUGGAAAUCAACUAGAUUUAGCAAUGCAACUCAUCGAGAAAGCUGGUAGAGGUGUUCUUGUUUAUCUCCGGGGCCAUGAAGGCAGAGGCAUAGGAUUGGGUCACAAACUUCGUGCGUACAAUUUGCAGGAUCUAGGACAUGAUACCGUUGAAGCUAACCUUGAACUUGGCUUGGCUGUUGAUUCUCGUGAAUAUGGGAUUGGUGCUCAGAUUCUAAGGGACAUUGGCGUGCGCACUAUGAGACUGAUGACAAACAAUCCGGCAAAGUUCAUUGGACUCAAGGGUUAUGGUUUGGCUGUGAUUGGCAGAGUUCCUGUAAUAUCCCCUAUAACAGAGGAAAACAAGAGAUACUUGGAGACGAAGCGAACCAAGAUGGGACACAUGUACGGUUCAGAUUUGCCCGGAAACCUGUCCGGGUUCCUUGAACCAGAUGCCAAGAGCACAGAUUCAUCGGAGCAGUGAGAGGCCUAUGCUAAAUAUUGAAAGUAUCUUACAUUAGAUGAUUUUUAAGGUUUUCCUAUUUGUUCAGGGAUUGGCUUUAACAUUCUACAACAUUGAUGCAAAUGGUUGGCAAACAAUGAUAAAGCAAUUUUUACAUGUAUAGUUCAGAUAUUUGGGUUCUUAAUUACAUUUGUUGGUUGUUUGAUUAA